AUGGGUAAUAUUUUUUCUCGUCAUCGUCAUCAACGAUGCUCUCGUCAUUAUAAACGACAACAACAAUUUCAUGAUUCAUUAAAAGAACAUCAACAACAACCAGACGAUCUUAGCACUAACAAUAAUACACUUCAACAAAAACAGCAACAAUCGUUCUGUCUUGAUGAGUUACCACAAGAAUUACUUAUUUAUCAUAUUUUCAUUCAAAUGACUUAUCAAGAUCUUUGUUCAUUAUCAAAAGUGUCAAAGCUAUUUUAUAAAUUAUCGAACAAUAAUUAUUUAUGGCUAAAACACCUUGAACACCAUGAUUUAUUAGUGUAUGAAAGUGAAACAGAUAAUGAUAAGGAACUAUUACUAACAAAUUUAAAAUUUAAAUUUUUCUAUCUAAAAACACAACGUGAAAAAUAUCCAUGGUUAUGGAUUGAACAUUCAUGCCAUGUAAAAUCUAAAGACAGUGCUAAGAGUGAGCCACCCUUGUCAUCAGACGAAUCAACCUGUUUAUUAUUUUCAAUUAAAUGUUUACAAUGUUCUCAGUUAACAACAACAGUGAGAGAUGAUUUUCAUGAUCAAUAUCAUCAUGGUCUAGUUAAAAGUAUCAAUCGUAAAAGUUUAACAUUUUAUGAAAACGAUACAAAUACUGUUUAUCGUGGAGCAAUUGAUAUUUCAGUUCAAUGUUUAAAAUGUCGACGGUCAUGCCGUUGGUUAGAUCAAAAAGAAUGGGAUAAUUGUCCAUUAAAACCAUUAUUAUCAUUAUCACCAAAAACAAAUAGUAUUAAUGUAUUUGUUGGAUAG